GGUUGGUGGCAGUCUGGUAGAUACAUUUAAAAAUCAAAUCAAAAUCACACCAUUUUUCCUUCCUUGACAAAAACCAAACCAACACAACUCAUCAUCACUCUCAUCUCAAUUCUCCAAAAACACCAUGGCAAAACAAUCUAACACCUUAAUCCUUCUAAUCUUAACAACAACAACCUUAACCCUCUUCUCCGUCGUAACAGCAAAAGAAACCGUAUACGACCUCCUCCCAAAAUUCGGUCUCCCUAGCGGUCUCUUACCAAACUCCGUCACCGAUUACUCCCUCUCCGACGAUGGAAGAUUCGUCGUUCAUUUGUCAGAUACCUGUUACAUACAGUUCGAUUAUCUUGUUUAUUACGAAAAAACCAUUACUGGAAAAUUGAGCUAUGGGUCAAUUAGUGAUCUUAAGGGUAUUCAAGUUCAACGUGUUUUUAUUUGGUUUAAUGUUGAUGAAAUUAGGGUUGAUUUGCCUCCUUCCAAUAGUAUUUACUUUCAGGUUGGGAUUAUUAAUAAGAAGCUUAAUGUUGAUCAGUUUAAAACUGUUCAUUCUUGCCGCCGUAAUUCGCUUCGAUCUUCUCCUUGCCAACCUUCAUCGUCUCUGCUUCCUGCUCCACUGAAGGAAAUUCCUAUGCUUCUCACAGAGUAGAGGCAGUUUUAUACUGGUAUUGAAUGGCAUAAUGAAGAUAUCUUCAGCUGCACUUGUACCUCCAUUGCUAGCUAGGUUAUGAAGAGUCUGGACUCGCCAAUCAGAGUCUGGUCGAGUUAUAUUAUAUAUAUCCUCACGUGACUUUCAUGAACUUAUAUAUAUUAUGUACAUAUUUAAGUUCCAAGACUUCGAGUUCAUGUGUGCUUUCUGUUUCGUGUUAGAUUUAAAUGUGCUUUAUAAUGGAAAACAAAAUUGGAGUACCUUGUCUUGUUGUACCUAUGCCCCCCAAACUACCUCGACGUUUUUAAUCCAGAUGCUUCAAUUUCACUUUUUGCAGUCA